GACUCAGCCAAACUGGUUAUUUGGCAUCAUGUAGACCACUAUUUCCCAAUCUACAAGUGCAUCAUGCAUUUGGUGUGCCGGGGAGACGCCUUGGGCGUGUCAUAGUCCAAGGUUUCCUCAUUUCCACCAGCUUCCUGUUUGUUACUUCUCUAGCUUCUAACUGUCACUACAGCUGUAUCUCACUCUUCAGCCUGAUGUCAAAAGCAAAAGUACAGAAGUCCUCUGGACAGGGGAAGCUCACCUAACUAGGUAAGAUGGAGACUCAUCACAACCAGGAGGCAGAUGUGAAUGGCCAUAAGGUGAAGGGCUCUGCAGUGAGGCUGUCUGCAUGCCCAUCCUAGACCUGUCACCUGCUGGUUCUGUGACCUUGGGCAGAUCGCAUGCCUAUGAUGUGGUUAUUUUUAACAACAGCUUGUUUGAUACGUGGAACUUUAAGUAUUAGUGAACUCUUGGAUUUCGAAAAUGAAGUGAAUCCUGAAGUGUGGAUGAAUGCUAGCGAAAUCAUCAUCUACAAUGGCUACCCUAGUGAAGAGUAUGAAGUCACCACUGCAGAUGGGUACAUUCUUGCCCUCAACAGGAUUCCACACGGGAGAGCACAGGCUGAACACACAGGUCCCCGGCCGGUUGUAUAUAUGCAGCAUGCUUUGUUUGCAGACAAUGCCUACUGGCUUGAGAAUUUCGCCAAUGGAAGCCUUGGGUUCCUUCUAGCAGAUGCGGGUUAUGAUGUGUGGAUGGGAAACAGUCGGGGGAAUACUUGGUCAAGAAGACACAAAACUCUCUCAGCAAACGAAGAGAAAUUCUGGGCCUUCAGCUUUGAUGAAAUGGCCAAAUAUGACCUCCCCGGGAUAAUAGAUUUCAUUGUAAAUAAAACAGGUCAAGAGAAGUUGUACUUCAUUGGACAUUCACUCGGCACUACAAUAGGGUUUAUAGCCUUUUCCACCAUGCCUGAACUGGCACAAAGAAUCAAAAUGAAUUUUGCCUUGGGUCCUGUGAUCUCGUUCAAAUAUCCCACAAGCAUUUUUACCAGUUUUUUUCUACUUCCAAAUUCCAUAAUCAAGCAUAUGUUUGGUACCAAAGGUUUCUUUUUAGAAGAUAAGAAGGCAAAGGCAUCUUACGUCAAAGUCUGCAACAGAAAGCUACUCCGGCCAUUGUGUAGUGAGUUUAUGUCCCUGUGGGCUGGAUUCAAUAAGAAAAAUAUGAAUAUGAGCCGAUUGGAUGUGUACAUGUCACAUGCGCCCACGGGAUCAUCAAUACAGAACAUCCUGCACAUAAAACAGCUUUACCGAUCUGAUGAAUUCAGAGCUUAUGACUGGGGAAGUGAAGCUGAAAAUAUGAAUCACUAUAACCAGAGUCGUCCUCCUAUCUAUGACCUGACUGCCAUGAAGGUGCCCACUGCCAUUUGGGCUGGUGGACAUGAUGUCCUCAUAACACCUCAAGAUGUAGCCAGGAUACUUCCCCAAGUUACAAAUCUCCGCUACUUCAAACUAUUUCCAGAUUGGAACCAUUUUGAUUUUGUCUGGGGCCUUGAUGCCCCCCAAAGGCUGUACAGCAAAAUCAUAGGUUUGAUGAGGGAAUAUCUCUAAACCCAAUCUAUGUUUCUAUCACAAUUGCUUCCAGGCCCAUGGAAGGCUUUAGGAAAAACACUGACGAAUGGUGAAGUUACCUUCAGCAUUCACUUGCUAUUGUUGAAGUGGUCCUGAGUCUCCGUGCUCCACCCAGGAAAGAUCUGACAUGGGCUUCUCAAAGAAAUGUCUAAAUCUGAAAUU